UAUAUAAUUUCACUUUUACACCUUUUUGUGUAUAUUCCUCUAUCGAAAUAUAAAGUAGCAUGCUCUUUCUUGACUGCCUGCCUAGGUCACUGGAUCUGUUUUAAUAUCGCUGGUGGAAAAUGUCGGAGAGAACAAUGGCGCGGCAAGUACUGCUGUUUGUGUAUCUCGUCUGUCUCAGUUCAGUGCGCGGGCAGGUCAGUUAUUCUAUUCCAGAGGAAAUGCAGAAAGGAUCUUUAGUCGGAAACAUAGCGCAGGAUUUAGGAUUAGAUUUAAAGAGACUGAAAUCAGGUAAAGCUCGUAUUUAUACAGGGGACAGCACUGAAUACAUCGAGCUAAAUAAAGAUAGGGGAGUCCUCCUCAUCAAAGAGAGAAUAGACAGAGAAGCUCUGUGCGGACAGACAACGCCUUGCGCUCUACAUUUUCAGAUCAUUUUAGAGAAUCCGAUGGAAUUGUUCAGAGUGACAUUAGAAAUCACCGAUGUAAAUGAUAACGCCCCUGCAUUUGCUGUAAAUGAGAUGAAAUUCGAAAUAAGUGAAUCGGCAUUGUCGGGAGCAAAAUUCGCUCUGGAGGCUGCUGUAGAUAAUGACGUUGACGUAAAUGGUCUUCAAAGCUACACUUUGAAACCGACUGAUAAUUUCGGUUUAAGAAUGCACAGUUUACCAGAUGGCAGUAAGACCGUGGAACUAAUUUUAGAAAAAACGCUAGACCGAGAGAAGCAAGAACACAUUACUUUGCUGUUAACAGCACUUGACGGGGGAGAGCCACGGUUAUCUGGCACACUGCAAAUUCUUAUUAACGUUCUAGACGCAAAUGAUAACGCUCCUGUUUGUGGUCAAGCAGUAUAUAAAACCAGCUUAGAAGAGAACGCUCCAAGGGGAACAUUAUUAACUACAAUUAGCGCAACUGACGCAGAUGAAGGGUCAAAUAGUGUCGUCGUUUAUUCACUGUCUGCCACAUCAAAAGGAGUAUCGGAUCUUUUUGAAAUUGGUCAGCAUGACGGCGUAAUAAGGUUAAUAGGAAAUGUGGAUUAUGAAAAAUUCAAACAGUAUCAGAUUGUAGUUGAAGCCAGAGACCAGGGUGGUCACACGGAUUCAUGCAAAGUCAUUAUUGAUGUCAGUGAUAAAAAUGACAAUGCACCAGUGAUCAGUACAAUAUCUAAAUCAAAUCAAAUUUCUGAAAAUGCCAAAGCAGGAACUGUUGUGGCAAUGAUGAACGUCCAAGACGCUGAUAAACAUGAAAACGGGGUAGUAAAAUGUCAAUUGAAUGAAAAUAUUCCAUUUGUCAUUCAUUCUUCAUUAGAUGGUUUCCACAGUCUUGUAACUGAAAGCGAUCUAGAUCGAGAGAGAGAGUCUGGGUAUAAUAUUAGUGUGAUGUGCACUGACGAGGGGACUCCGUCUCUCUCCAGCAGCGUCACUCUCUCCUUACAGAUAUCAGAUGUGAAUGAUAACGCUCCUGUUUUUGAGAGGAGCUCAUAUGAGGCCUCCAUUCCAGAAAAUAAUACACCCGGUCUCUCAAUAUUUACAGUCAAAGCCAGUGACGCUGACUGGAACCAGAAUGCACGUGUUUCUUACAUACUGCAGGACUCUUCCGUAAACGGAGUUUCCGUCUUCUCUUAUGUAUCUGUCAGUCCUGAUAGUGGCGUUAUCCACGCAGUGCGUUCUUUUGAUUACGAACAAAUUAAGGAUUUCCAGUUUCGCGUAAUAGCUCAAGAUGCAGGCUCCCCUCCUCUCAGUAGCAAUGUAAGUGUAAAGAUAGCGAUUCAGGACCAGAACGACAACGCGCCUCAGGUUCUGUAUCCAGUGCAGACUGGGGGCUCUGUGGUGGCUGAAAUUGUGCCUCGUUCAGCAGAGGUGGGCUAUCUCGUGACCAAAGUGGUGGCUGUUGAUGUGGACUCUGGACAGAAUGCCUGGCUUUCAUAUAAACUGCAGAAAUCCACAGACAGGGCGCUGUUUGAAGUGGGCUUACAGAAUGGAGAAAUAAGAACUGCGCGUCAGGUGUCCGAUAAAGAUGCUGUGAAGCAGAAACUCACUGUCGUAGUGGAGGACAACGGACAGCCCUCUCGUUCAGCUACAGUCAAUAUUAACGUGGCGGUGGCGGACAGUUUCCCUGAAGUGCUCUCGGAGUUCACUGACUUUACGCACGACAAGGAUUACAACGACAACCUGACUUUUUAUCUAGUCUUGGCCUUGGCUGUAGUUUCCUUUCUGUUCAUCGUGUCCAUCAUAGCCAUACUGUCAGUCAAAUGCUACAGAUGGAGACGUGAGAGGAUGUUAUACAAAUCCGGUGCCAAUCUGCCAGUUAUUCCAUAUUAUCCACCUCUUUACGCAGACGUAGGGGGCACAGGAACUUUACAGCAUGUGUAUAAUUAUGAGGUCUGCAGGACGACUGACUCCAGAAAGAGUGAUCUGAAAUAUGCCAGACCUUCCAGUGAGAGUAUCAUUAGUUUGGACUCCAGUGGAACUCAGACACUCACAUAUGCGCAGAGGGAGAAGGUGACUGGUGACAUUUCUCAUAAUCAGGUGAGGUUGCUGCCAAUUAAUACAUUUAUAUUUUCUGACAGGAAAUCAGUAUGUGAUGUAUUUAUAUGACUGCACUGUCGUAUUUAAUAAUUUCCCCUCACUGUAAAUUAAUUAAUUUCACCACAUUUGUAACUAUUUGGCUUAA